AUGAGCAUUCUUCUCAAGUUGGCGCAGGUGUCCGAUGUACUAGCUCUACUCCAACCAAUCCAGAGACUACAAGACCUUCACCUCAAUCUCCACCGGUUCCCACUGAAAACAAAGCAUUACCUAAGACUAUUGGGAUUGGAGCAAGAGUGGAAUGGAAGAAAGCUGUCCUUAUCUUCUCCUCCAACCGGAAAAGAAGGCGAUAAGCCUUGUGGGCUUAUCGAUGCACACCCCAAACCUCUACAUGUGAAACACUGUGUAACCUCGUUUACAGAGUGGACACAGUUCUGCAGGUUGAAAUUAGAGAGUCGAUAG